AUGACGGAGGUGGCGAGAUCAGUGGUGCACGAGGUCUUUGGUCAGAGACUCGUCGACGUCGACCAGCCAAUCGUCGAUUACAUCGUUAACGUCCUCGCCGACGAUGACUUUGACUUCGGCCUCGACGGCGAAGGCGCUUUCGAAGCCAUCGGCGAGCUCCUCGUAGCCGCUGAAUGCGUGGACGACUUCUCCGAAAGCCGCACCGUCUGCACCACCCUGUCCGACAAGUUCGGGAAACACGGUCUCGUGAAGGCGAAGCCAACGGUUCGAAGCCUUGCGGCGCCGUUUCGAAUGAACGACGGAAUGGACGACGUGGAAGCCCCCAAGAAGAAGCCCGAGCCCGUCGACGGUCCCCUCCUAUCGGAACGCGACCGUUUAAAGCUCGAACGACGAAAGCGAAAAGAUGAACGCCAGCGAGAGGCACAAUACCAAAUGCAUUUGAGGGAGAUGGAAGCGGCACGUGCCGGGAUGCCGGUGGUGUGCGUGAGGCACGACAACAGUGGAGGACCUGCUGUGAAGGACAUUCACAUGGAGAAUUUCAACAUCUCCGUUGGUGGACGUGAUCUCAUUGUGGAUGGUACUGUCACGCUUUCUUUUGGAAGGCAUUAUGGUUUGGUGGGAAGGAACGGGACUGGGAAAACGACGUUCCUCAGACACAUGGCUAUGCAUGCCAUUGAUGGUGUUCCAAGGAAUUGUCAGAUAUUACAUGUGGAGCAAGAGGUCGUUGGAGAUGACAUCACUGCCUUGCAGUGCGUGCUCAAUUCGGACAUUGAGAGGACUCAGCUUCUUGAUGAAGAAGUUCAGUUACUUGCCAAACAGAGGGAGUUUGAGGACAAUUUCGGAAAGCGGGAUGGUGAUUCAAAUGGAGUUGUUGAUAAAGAUGGCAUUUCACAAAGGCUUGAGGAAAUAUACAAGAGGCUUGAACUCAUUGAUGCUGAUUCUGCUGAGGCACGAGCAGCAUCAAUACUAGCGGGUCUGAGUUUCACUCCAGAGAUGCAGAAGAAAGCAACAAAAACAUUUUCUGGAGGAUGGCGGAUGCGUAUAGCCCUUGCUCGUGCAUUGUUUAUAGAGCCUGAUAUAUUGCUUCUUGAUGAACCCACGAACCAUCUUGAUCUUCAUGCUGUCUUAUGGCUUGAAUCGUACUUGGUUAAAUGGCCGAAAACGUUUAUUGUUGUUUCUCAUGCUAGAGAAUUUUUAAACACGGUGGUUACUGAUAUAAUUCACUUGCAAAGCCAAAAGCUGACUACAUAUAAAGGGAAUUAUGAUACUUUUGAGAAGACUCGAGAAGAACAAAUUAAAAACCAGCAAAAAGCAUUAGAGGCAAAUGAACGUGCAAGAUCCCAUAUGCAGUCAUUCAUUGACAAAUUCCGCUAUAAUGCCAAGAGGGCAUCACUUGUUCAAUCUAGAAUCAAGGCUUUGGAGCGAAUGGGCCAUGUAGAUGAAAUUGUUAAUGAUCCUGACUACAAAUUUGAAUUCCCCACGCCAGAUGAUAGACCAGGCCCACCAAUAAUAAGUUUCAGUGAUGCAUCAUUUGGUUAUCCUGGGGGCCCCACUCUGUUUAAGAAUUUGAAUUUUGGGAUUGAUCUUGAUAGCCGUAUCGCAAUGGUUGGACCCAAUGGCAUUGGCAAAUCAACUAUACUUAAGUUAAUUGCUGGGGAACUGCAGCCCAGUUCUGGGACAGUCUUCCGUUCUGCUAAGGUUCGCAUAGCAGUGUUCAGUCAGCACCAUGUCGAUGGACUUGACUUGUCCUCAAACCCUCUUCUGUAUAUGAUGCGCUGUUAUCCUGGAGUUCCAGAACAGAAGCUUCGAGCUCACUUGGGUUCUUUUGGUGUAACUGGAAAUCUUGCGCUUCAGCCAAUGUAUACUUUGUCAGGUGGCCAGAAGAGCAGGGUUGCCUUUGCAAAGAUAACUUUUAAGAAGCCACACAUAAUAUUGCUUGAUGAGCCAUCCAAUCAUCUGGAUUUGGAUGCUGUUGAGGCGCUUAUUCAAGGUCUUGUGAUGUUCCAAGGAGGCAUUCUCAUGGUGAGUCACGAUGAGCACCUCAUAUCUGGAAGCGUGGAGGAGCUAUGGGUUGUAUCCGAAGGAAAAGUGUCACCAUUCCACGGCAACUUCCAAGAUUAUAAGAAGAUACUCCAAUCAUCUUAGAAGAAACAGGUGGUUAA